CGUGCGCGCAUUACGUCAGCACGCGAGAGCCACAGGGUCGAAUCCCCAGGGUAGAAGGAGGGUUCUUUCUGCGCGUGUGGGCUGAGGUUCGGAGGCUGUCGGCUUGUUAGGGUUCGGUCCUCAUGGCGGAGAUAAUUCAGGAGCGCAUAGAAGAUCGACUCCCGGAAUUGGAGCAGCUGGAGCGCAUUGGCCUGUUCAGUCAUGCGGAGAUUAAGGCUGUCAUUAAGAAGGCUUCAGAUCUAGAAUACAGAAUACAGAGAAGAACUCUUUUUAAGGAAGACUUUAUCAAUUAUGUUCAAUAUGAGAUUAAUCUUUUGGAGCUGAUCCAGAGAAGAAGAACUCGCAUUGGUUAUUCAUUUAAGAAGGAUGAGAUUGAGAAUUCUAUUGUCCACCGGGUACAGGGUGUCUUCCGACGUGCUUCAGCAAAGUGGAAAGAUGAUGUUCAACUUUGGCUCUCCUACGUAGUUUUUUGUAAGAAAUGGGCUGCCAAAGCUCAACUUAGCAAGGUAUUCUCUGCCAUGUUGGCCAUUCAUUCAAACAAGCCAGCUUUGUGGAUUAUGGCGGCCAAAUGGGAAAUGGAAGAUCGCUUGUCUUCAGAAAGUGCAAGACAACUAUUUCUUCGAGCAUUGCGCUUUCAUCCGGAGUGUCCAAAACUUUAUCAGGAAUACUUUAGGAUGGAGCUGAUGAAUGCUGAGAAAUUGAGGAAGGAAAAACAAGAAUUUGAAAAAGCCAAAAUGGAUGUGGGGAACCUUGAUUACUCUGAAGAAAUCCUCAAGGGUGAGUUAGCACGGAUCAUCUACAAAAAUUCUGUAAGCAUAAUUAAAGGUGCAGAAUUUCAUGUGUCACUGCUUUCAAUUGCACAGCUGUUCGAUUUUGCCAAAGAUUUGCAAAGAGAAAUUUAUGAUGACCUUCAGGCUCUGCACACAGAUGACCCUCUCACUUGGGAUUAUGUGGCACGACGAGAAUUAGAGAUUGAGUCACAACCAGAACAGCCUGCAACAAAACAAGCCAGAGCAGUGGAGGUGGGCCGGAAGGAGGACAGGUGCUGUGCUGUGUAUGAAGAGGCAGUAAAGACUCUUCCUACAGAGGCGAUGUGGAAAUGUUACAUCAACUUUUGCUUAGAAAGGUUUACUAAGAAGACAAAUAGUCAGUUCCUUAGAGAGAAGAGGCUGGAAAGAACCAUGGUUGCCUUCAGGAAGGCACAUGAAUUCAGACUUCUACCAGAAUUCCAGUACAAGCAGUGGAUUGAAUUGUUGCUGCGUCAUGACUUCAUUAAGGAUGCCCUGGAGGUGGCAGUAGCUGGGACUGAAUUGUUUAGAGGCUCUGUGACAAUGUGGCAGAUGAAGUUGCAGGUGCUGAUUGACUCAAAGAGCCCUGACAUAGAUGUGCUUUUUGGAGAAGCGUUUGUGCAUCUGAAACCACAGGUUUGUCUGCCAUUGUGGAUUUCUUGGGCAGAGUGGAGUGAAAGUGCCAAAAGUCAAGAAGACACUGAAGCCAUCUUUAAGAAAGCUCUCUCAGCUGUCACUGGUGCUGAUUCAGUCUCUCUGAAGGAUAAAUACCUGGAUUGGGCUUAUCGAAGUGGUGGCUAUAAAAAGGCCAGAGUUGUGUUUAAAAGUUUACAGGAAAGCCGUCCAUUUUCAGUGGAUUUUUUCAGGAAAAUGAUGCAGUUUGAAAAGGAGCAAGAAUCCUGCAAGAUGGCGAAUUUAAGAGAAUAUUAUGAGAGGGCUUUGAGAGAGUUUGGAUCUGUAGACUCUGAUCUCUGGAUGGAUUAUAUCAAAGAAGAAUUGAAUCACCCCCUUGGUAGACCUGAGAACUGUGGGCAGAUCUAUUGGCGAGCCAUGAAAAUGCUGCAGGGAGAGUCAGCAGAAGUGUUUGUAGCUAAACAUGCUAUGCACCAAGCUGGCCAUGUAUGAAAAGAGGAAGAACACCUUUGUGAAAUAGUAUUGUAUCUCCUUUGGGCAGAUUUGUAUUAAGAGUUUAUCUGCAAUUUGCUUAGAGAUGGCAGACAAGAUGGCUGUCUGAUUUUGAGACAAUUAAUGCUUUAAUUUUGUUAGGAGUUAAUCUUUAAUUCUAGAAAAGAGAACUGCUAUUUGUGGCCAGAGGCUGCUUGUUGAGGCCUGCCUACUGUAGGUUCUAAAUGUUUUUCGAAAUACAUGGAAAUCAUACAGCUGAGUUUCUUUUAUUACCUCUGGUCAAUCAUGAGUAUCUCUAAUCAAGACCUUGGGGCCAUUGAAAUGGAGGAGAAAGUACAGUUCUGUUUGUUUAUUUUUCUAUUAUAAAAGUGUAUGUGGUUUGUAUUGUAGAAAAUAUGGAGAGAGUAGAAUAAUGUGGAGAAGAAAAUAAAAGCAUCCUGUAAUUCAUCAUCUGCAGUUAAACUCAGCAAUUGAUUUCAUUUAUUAGAAUGUGAUUUAUACUGUUAGAAAAUUUACUCAUUGGUUCAUUCAUUAAGCGCCCAUCAUAAACAGGAAGGAAGGGAAGAUUUUUGGGAUGGGGAUAGGGGUUAGGGGUUGGAGGAACAGAGCUGGAUAUCCUGAGAAAGCUGGUUAAGUGACAGAGAAGGAUGCUAGGUAUUGAGGAAAAAAAUCUUCAAUAAGAGUAUUAAGACAAUACAAAACUAUCUUUUUUCUCUGGGACUUACGUGCAGAGAAGUGUUUAGAGUGGGGAGGCCCAGCAACAAAAGGGCAGGUGUAUGGAGUAGAUUAGAGCAGCAGAGAAGGGCUUCAGGAACGAGGAGGAUGACAGUAUAGAGAAGGGCAGGGGAGGUAGCUGUUUGAAUUUUAUAUCCUUAAACUUAAUAUUAUGGUUUCACUGAGAGAAGCAUUUGGUGCUGUUUUAUUAAUGUAUUUUUCUGUGUCCUAAAUAGCCUUAAAAACAUUAAUGAAUUCAUAACAUUCCAUUGCAUAGAUGAGCCAUGAUUUAUUUUACUAAUCCCCUAUGGUUGGACCUAGUGAUUCCUUAUUUUUUCUUAUUAUAAAUGCUGUUGAUGAA